AUGCCUCUUCUUCCAGUCGCCCUUUUCGGGCUUGAAGUCCCUUGCGGAGAUGUGCUCGUCCCAGCUACUCCUGAUUUCCCUGCGACUUUCCGCAUCACUAUGGCUGCCAUCGAUCCUAGUGAGCCCGCAGAGCUUGAGGAUACCCCCAAUGGCACCUCUCGCCCUCGUGCUACCUUGAAACUCAUCCGCCAAGUCGAGGACUCUGAUGAUGAAGAUGAUGAGGACGACGAGGAGGCCAUGCGUGCGCUCUUGGCCCAGAGUUCCUCUGAUGAGGACAGCGAGUCAGAUGAGGAAGCCAAUGGAGGCCCUAGCGACCCAAGCAAGUCGAAGAAGGCCCGCAAGCAAGCUGCUUUGGAACAACUCAUCGAAUCUCUCAAGGGUGAUGCUUCAGAUGAGGAUAUGGAGGACGCUCCCAACGGCAUCGUCAGCAAGAAGGCAAACAAGAAGGGCAAGGCCAAGGCCACCAGCGAUGACGAGGAGAGUGAAGAUGAGAGUGAUGAUGGCGAGGAUCUCGACGUCGAGGAGUUUGUUCUUUGCACCCUUGAUCCAGAGAAGAACUACCAGCAACCCCUGGACAUCACCGUUGCGGAGAAUGAGCGUGUGUAUUUCAAGGUCACUGGUACCCACACUAUCUACCUUACAGGCAACUACGUGAUUCCCGAUGACGAUGGACACAAUCAUCACCACGAGGUUUAUGACUCCGAUGAUGAUGAGGAUUAUGAUCUCUCUCCUGAUGAGGAUGAGCUUGAUCUGGAAGGUGAUGAGAGUGACGACCUGGAUGAUCUCCCAAAUCCUCGCGUGACCGAGGUUGAUUCCGAAGAUGAGGCACCAGCUCUUGUCAAGAAAGCCGACAAGAAGGGCAAAAACAAGCGCUCCGCUGACGAAAUUGAUGCCGCCACCUCCCUGGAUGAUAUAAUGGCCAAGUCACUCAAGUCCCAGGCUGCCGAAGAGCCCAAGCUCAGCAAGAAGCAGUUGAAGAAGUUGAAGAAGAACAAUGGGGAAGCUGUGGCAGCCAAGGCGGAGGAGCCAAAGUCCGCUGACCCCAAGGACAAGAGCGACAAGAAGGUACAAUUUGCCAAGAAUCUCGAGCAAGGUCCAACCGGGUCAGAAAAGCCAAAGGCCGAGGCAGCUUCUGCUAAGGACAAGGGGAAUAAGGGUGCAUUGGGCGUCAAGAAUGUCGGCGGUGUCACAAUUGAUGACAAGAAGCUCGGAAAGGGUCCCGCAUGCAAGAAGGGUAACAGAGUCUCGAUGAGAUACAUUGGCAAGCUCGCUGAUGGCAAGGUCUUUGACUCAAAUAAGAGCGGCAAGCCUUUCUCCUUCAAACUUGGUGCUGGUGAAGUCAUCCAGGGUUGGGAUAUCGGCGUUGCUGGCAUGUCAGUUGGAGGCGAGCGAAGACUUAUCAUCCCCGCAAAGCUGGCAUAUGGCAGCAGAGGCCAACCUGGUAUCCCAGCCAACAGCAAUUUGACAUUUGAUGUCAAGCUGUUGGAAGCCAAGUAA